AUGUAUAGAAAUAACUUAAAUAAAUACAGACUAUAUAAAUUUCUUUACAUUUCCAAUGAAAAAUUGAAACUUUUGUAUUUCAAAUUGUUGGCAUUUUCGUUCGGAGUUUUACUCCUAAUUUGGUACCUGCUCAUUCCGGAUUCGCUACUAAACCAGGCUAACAAACUACAACCGCUAAUUGUGGAGAAUAAAUUCUCCAGUCUUUUUAACGAGAAUAUUCACGAGUUACUCAGGACUAAAGGAGAUAUAUUACAACGAGUGCAGUCCCUUCGUUUUAAAAUCUCAUCUGCGUCAAAGUUUUUAAAACAAAACUGGAUACCCGAACUAUAUCAGAACUAUUUUGACGAAAGUAAUCUUACUAUCAUUACAAAUUUUGAUCAGAAGUUCAUCGACGUUUUAAACCAGUUGGAAUGUUGUAAUUCUACGGCAGAUGUUGUUUUAAGUUGGGUAAGAGAGCUGGAAGAUAAUUUGGAAGAUGAUAAUUAUUUUCCGCUAAUUGACUUGACUGAGUUGUACAUAGAUGACGAUAUUUUUUGCUCAAAGUACAAAUAUUCACAAUGCCCGACCUACAAUUACCUAAUUUCAAGGUUUUAUCCAUUUUCUGGUUCUUCGGUACUAUGCGACGCUAUGAAGAGAUAUGAAUUGUUAUAUCCUGAGUACAAUAACGUGUGUGAAGACGACAUCAAACACGCGAUGAAGCCCGUCCAACUCCUUUCCAACGCAAGAAGGUACGUCCUAAAACUAGCUUCGAGAAACGGCUACGCAGAUAUCGACACAAGACCUGUUCAUCCGGUGAGGAUUUUUACUAAAAGUAUAAUUACUUCAAACGGGGAAGUGUUCAGUGGUAAUGUUUACGUCAGGAGAGAAGUCUGUGAGCAUGAUCGAAACAUCCAAAACAGCGAAAUAUUACAGCAUUACUCCGAAGUUUUUGUGAUUUCUGAUUUCGGCAGGAGGAAUUACUUCUCAAAAAUGAUUGAAACCUACCCGAGACUCUCACUAUUCAUCGAUUUCCUCAAAGAACACCCCGACAUUAAGCUCCACACAGAUGAGACAUCAGCCCUACUUAACGAUACUCUGGGUAUAAUGAACAUCAGUCCAGAGAGAAUCAUCACAGGCACAGUCACAUCCAUGAUAACGUACGUCCCAAGAUUCACACGAUGUGGCUAUGCAAGUUUAUUAGAGACUCAGGUCCUAAACAGGUUCUACAGAUCAUACGCGCUUGCAAAUGUAUUUAGCUCCUACUCUCAAAAACAAGACACCGUUUUAAUUAUCGAUUCGGAUAAAACAAAUUCGUUUGCAAAUAUCAACGAAGUCAAACACAACUUAGAAAAAAUAGCGGCCGAAUUUAAACUUAAAGUCUCGAUCUUCAAAAAACAUUCAGCCACCAAUCAAAAAGCAAAAUUGGAAAUUUUCAGCUCAGUUCUCGUAGUAGUGUCAACUCACACAUCAUCAUUAGCGAAUUUAAUAUUCGCGCAGACGGGCGUAUUAGUAAUAGAAUCCAUGUGCGGCUUUAAAGAUAUAGACUUCCGAUACCACAGACUAGCAAACGUCUUGGGCAUGCUAUGGUACGGUUUGCCAUCGACGAAGCCCUGUGAAGAUGGCGUUGUCGUUGAUCUACUGUUGUUGGCUGAUGUACUGCCUAAUUUAAAAGGUGUUGUAUAG